AUGUUGGAAUCAACGCACCCAAAGCCGGAAUCAACGUCGGAGCUGAGAGCACUUGGCGCCUAUAACAGUUGUAACACUCUGAAGGGAGACCGUGAAGUGACAGGAUGUUGUUGUGACUCAUCGAACUCGUGUAACACUCCUCCCGGUGUAGGGGUAAGUCAACUGAGUCAAGCGCUUGAAAAUGGCAAGGACGGUCCUAAAGAGUUUUACUGUUUCAGAUACCAAUCCUGCAAGGGUCAAUGCGCUUCUUUGACGCUGACCACCACCGUUCUUGGUCAGACCCACAACGCUACCAUGUACACCUGUGAUCCGACAAGCGUCUGCAAAGCUCUCAAUAUGAACAACCAAUGUCAAACGCUGGAGAGUGGAGUCAGCGGAUGCUGUUGUAAUACGGAUGCCUGUCUUACACCCAGAAAGAGCCCUGGUAAUUCUCUUCAAUGCUACGUCGGUAUCAGAGCCCCGAAUGCUGGAGUGAACGUUGGUGCUGAGGUCUACUGCGAUGGCAUGUGUUCAUCAUUGAGUGGAGUCGUUAACGGCGACAAAGUCACCACUUUCCAAUGUGCGCCGAUAAGCGUUUGCAAAUCCCUGGGCAUCGACAACGCCUGCACCGGUCUGCCAGGAGAUCGCGAAAUCAGUGGAUGUUGCUGUGAUUAUGCGAACAGCUGCAAUCUGCAAAUGAGCAACAAUACUGACGUCAGUUCCCUUGAAAUUACUGAUAGUAACUCAGCGAAUCUUGAAAGCUGGGAUGAAGGCGGCUCAAUUGUCCCGCCUACACCAUCGCCAAGCAGCGAGUUCCCAGUCUCAUGCUGGUCUGGAAUCUACGUGAAUAACAAUGCUAUAACUCCUGCAGGAUUCCAAUCCUGCCUGGGAGAAUGCGCUUCGGUAACCCUUCAGACAACUAUUAACGCCCAACAGCACAACGCCACCAUCUACACGUGUGACCCGACGUCCAUCUGUCAGGCACUUAACAUGAGCAACAGAUGUUCUUCGGUUGAACCAGGAGUUUCCGGCUGUUGCUGUAGCGAUGACGGUUGCCUCACCCCAAGAAAGGUAGGAACAGUUAAUGAAGAUCGUCCAAUGAGAAUGGGGGUAAAAACGAGAAUGAUUUCAGUCUCCUGA